AUGGUUCUGGCAGUCACAAGGAACUUCUCUUUGGAUGAGAGCCUGGACAAGGGUGGGGCAGAGCUGAGAAGCGGAAGCGGCUUUCCCAGGGGCACACAAGAUUGUCACACUCCUGCUGCCUCAGCAUAGACAGAUUUAGGCCUCACAGAAGGAUCUACUCUGCACACAGGUACCCCUGAUUUGUCCAAGAGUGCAGUUAGCUCAGACAGAACCGUUACUAAAGAGGAUGGACUUUCUGCUUCCACAUCAAAAACCACUGAAUCCUUUACUACAAAGGAUGAUCAUGUACAAACAACCACAUCCUUUGCGGGGGGGUCCACUUCCUACACCUCCCCAUCAGAGCUAUCCACGUCAACAUUUUUCACUAACACAUCCUACAGCACAGAUAAUGCAAGUCCUGCCUCCGAAUCCUGCAUCAGUGAGCUCUCUACCCCUACUAUGGUCACUGAACGAACAGACUCAACUCUCACAGGUGACACAACCGUCCACACCUCUGUGUCAGAUUCAUCUGAGACCACAGUAUCACCUGAGGUUUCUCAUGCCACAGGCGCUGGGAGUUCUGUAGCUCCAUGGAGUCCUGGAGAGGCAUCCAUCAGCCCAGCUGUCUCAGGACCAACCGCCACUGGUGUCACCCAGAUAUCCACAGACCACAGCACCAUCUCUGAUUCCUCUAAACCCACGGACUCAUCUGUAACCACCUUUACCAGAGAAUAUGGAAGUCCUGAGCCCACCUCAAGUCCCAGUGAUGCCUUUUCUACUUCCAGUAGUUUUGGCCAAACCACCAUGUUCUUUCCAGUGGCUUCCACAGUCUCCUCGACCCUCUCUGAUUCAUCAAAUCCUACAUUUUCACCAGACACCCCCCAUACCACUGACAAGGAAAGUCCUUCAUCCUCUCUGGGUCCAGGUCCAUCACCCACCAGCACUCAGGUCUCUGGACAAACAGCCACGCCUUUCACUAAAGAGACAACUGCCUACACACACAUUUCAGAUUUGUCAACAACACCGACUUCUGGUGAAACGUCCUACACCCAGGAUGAUGAAGGGACCACGUCCCCUUCGAGUCCUGGCCUGCUGUCUUCCAACCCUGGGAUUUCAGGACAGACAAACACAGGCCUGACCGAGGGGCCUUCUGUCUAUACAGACACACCUAAUGGGUCCAAACCUACCAGUACCUCGGACAGCACAGUUACCAAGGAGGAUGGAAGUUCUGCUUCCACAUCUGGGCCUGCUGAAUCAUUUACCACUUCUGGUGUUGAUCCACACACAGGCACAACUUUACCUCCAAGAUCCCCUCCUUACACCACCACCUCAGAGGUGUCUGCACCCACAGUUUCAACUCACUCUUCCUACAGCACGGACGAGGCAAGUGCUACUUCUCAGUCAAGUCCUAGUGAUUUAUUUACCACCAGUGUGCUCUCUGAACAAUCAGCCAAGACUCUCACAGAGAAGCCAACUGUCCACACCAUUUCUGAUUCAUCUGAAUCAACAGCUUCUUCCUACAGCCUCAGAACCCCAGGCCUUGGCAGUUCUGCAGCACCCUCGAGUCCUGGAGAAUUCUCUUCCAGCCCAGUUGGCUCACGACUGACUGCAUCUACAGUCACCCAGCCAUCCACAGAGCACAGCACCGUGUCUGAUUCUUCUCAACCUCCAGACUCAUCAGCAACCACUUAUACCAAGGAUGAUGAAAGUCGUGUGCCUACGUCAGGUCCCACUGAAUCUUUAACCACCUCUCCUGGUUCUGGACCACCAGCCUCACCCACAGCUAUGGAGUCUACUUUCUCCACAAGCAUCUCAGAGUCGUCAGAAUACACAGUGUCUUCCUAUAGUACAGAUUCUUCAACUCCAUCAGACCAUGAAGGAUUUCCCACCGCUUCCCUGACCACUGGACACGGCGCUACAACUUUUACUGGAUUGCCCUCUGUCUUUACAACUAUGCCUGAUUUGUCUGAAACGGCCGUUUCAUCUGAAACCUUCUAUACCAGUGGUGAUGGAAGUGCUGUGUCCCCUUCCAGUCCUGCCCAGCCUUCUAGCAUACUCUCUGCCUCAGUACAGACAACCACAGGCCUCAUGGAGGGAUCCAGCAUGUAUACAGGCACCCCUCAUUCAUCAAAAUCUACAGUUAUCUCAGACAGCACUGUUAGCAAGGAGGAUGGACUUUCUGCUUCCACAUCAAGAACUGCUGAAUCCUUUACUACAAAUGCUGAUCACGGACAAAUAACAACAUCCUUUGUUAUGGGGUCCGCUUUCUCCACCUCCUCCUCAGAGCUAUCCACAACAACAGUUUCCACCCACUCUUCCUAUCUCACAGAUUCCGUUAUACCCACAGAUCCAUUAACAACCAUAUUUACCAAGGAUGAUGGAAGUACUAGAUCAACACUGAGCUCUAGUGAAUCGUUUACCAGUUCUCAAAGUGAUGUACAAACAACAGAGUCUUUUACUAUGGAAUCUGCCGUCUCCACAACUGUCUCCAAUAUGUCACACCCUACCGUUUCCCUCAGUACCUUCUUGACUACUGGCAAGGGAAGUUCUUCAUCUCCUUUUGGUCCUAGUGUAUCCUCUACAUCCAGUCAGUCAUCUGGACCAACAAGCACAACAGUCUCCUUUACAGAAGAGAGAACUCUCUACACAAACAUUUCUGAUAUGUCCACAUCAACCAUUUCCUCCGAGACUACCUCUGUCCACGAUGAAGGAAGUUCUACAUCCUCCUCAAGUUCUAACAUAUCGUCUACCACCCCCACUGUCUCAGCAGAGACAACCACAGGCAUCAAAGUGAAAUCCACUCUCUCUACAGGCACCCCCAAUUUAUCCAAAUCUACAGAUACUUUGGCGACUGUUGUUACCAAAGACAAUGGUAUUUCUUUUUCCUCAUUAAAUGUCAUUGAAUCCUCUACGACUUCUGGUGGUGAUGCACACUCAAGCACAUCUUUUCCUCAAGGAUCCACCUUGUAUACAAUCACCUCAGAGCUGCCCACACCAUUAUUUUCUACCUAUCAUUCUUACAGCACAGACAAUGCAAGUCCUGCUUCUCCAUCAAUCCCCAGUGAACUCUCUACUCCCACUUGGAUCUCUGAACAAACUACUACAACUCUCACAGAGGAGCCAACAAUCCAUGCCACCAUUUCAGAAUCAUCUGAAUCAACAGUUUCUUUCUACAGCCCCCAUCCCACAGGCACUAGGAGUUCUGCUACCCCAUGGAGCCUUGGAGAGGCAUCUACUAAUCUAGCUGUCUCAGGAACAACUGCCAGUAUGGUCCCCUUGAAAUCCACAGGGCAUAGCACAAUCUUUGAUUUUUCUCAACCCACAGACUCAUCUGCAACCACUUUCACCAAAGAGGAUAGAAGUUCUAUGUCCACAUCUAUCCCCGGCAAAUCUUUUACCACCUCUGGUGGUGAUGGACAAACAACUUUUCCUCCAGGAUCCACAUUCUAUACAAUAACCUCAAAGGUGUUAACACCAACAUUUUCUUCCCACUCUUCCUAUAGCACAGACAAAGCAAGUUCUGCUUCCCCAUCAAGCCCCAGUGACCUCUCUAACCAGACUGUACUCUCUGAACAAACCACCAUGACUCUUACAGAGGAGUCAACUGUCUACACCAGUGUUUCUGAUUUGUCCCAAUCUACUGUUUCCUCUGAAACCUCUUUUACCAUAUUUGAAGGAAGUUCCUCUUCAGGUCCUGGCCAACUCUCUACCACCUCUGGUGUCUCACAAGAGACAUCCUCAAGCCUAAGUGAUGGGUCUACUGUCUAUACAGACACCCCUGAUUUGUCCAAAACUACAGUAACCUCAGACACCACCCUUUCUAACGAGAACAUAAGUUCUGCUGCUACUUCAAAUUCAGGUGAAACUUUUCUCACUACAGGUGGAUAUCAAGAAACACCCACAUCCUUUACUAUGGAAUCAACUGUCUCCACAAUCCUCUCAGAUUUAUCAAAUCCAACAGUUCCACAUGGUACCGUCUAUACUACUGAGAAUGCAAGUUCUUCUUCCCCAUCUGGUCCUGGUGAAUUAAUUUCCAGUACUCUAGUCUCUGGGCAAACACCCACAUCCCUUCCUGAAGCACCCACUGUCCACACAACCAUAACUGAUUUGUCUUACUCCACUGGUUCAGUGGUUACUUCCUCCACCAAUGUCAAUGGAAUUUUUACUUCCACACCAAGCCCCGGUGAAUUAUCCACUACCACCUUGGUCUCUGGACAAACAACCACACUUUUCACAGAAAAGCCAACCAUCUACACCAUUUCUGAUUUGUUCAGUUCUACAGUUUCUGUUGACACCUCCUCUACCACUCCUAGUGGGGGUCCUGCACCCUCAUCAGGUUCUGGCUUGUUGUCCUCCACUACCAUCACAACCAUCACUGAGGAAUCGAGUGUCUUCACCACUACCACUUAUUCCUCUAAUACAAUGGAUUCAUCUGAUGCCCCCAAUACCACUGAAGAUCUUAGUGCAUUAUCUUCAUCAAGGCCCAUCCAUUCCUUUUCACCCCCAGUCUCUGGACAAAUGCCCACCACCUUGGGUGAGAAUUUCACUCUUUUCAUCACCAGCAGUGAUUCUGCCAAACCAACGAUUUCUACUUCAAUCCCCUCUUCCACAGACAGCUCUAGUCCUGCAUCCCCAUCAGCUCUCACUUUCUCUUCUACAACUAGAGACAUCUCCAGACCAACAGCCACCACCCUCAGAGGAGGAUCUACUAUUUUCCAAAGCAGCACAGGGUCACCAAACACAACAAUAUCAUCUGACAGCUCCCAAACCACUACCUCUCAUACUUCUUCUUUAGCCUCAGCUCUUCCUAGCUUGUCCUCAAGGCCAGUCUCUGACUCUUCCUCAGCCGUUACAGAUUCCUCUGGUUUUUCUCCUCCUCUGUCCUCCACUUCACAUGGCUCUACCCAUGCUCCAGUCCUUGGGUUCAGUACGUCUUCAACUCUCCAUCCUCUGUUCACUAGCACCCAUACAACUGUGAUGACGACCCAGUCUUCAGCUAUGACACCAAGUAAGUCUUUUUGUACGUCACUCUGUGAACCUCUCCUGUCCAUCUUCUCUCAUCAACUAAUCAGUUUUGACCUCGUUGUGGUCUUGUUUCAUAUUUCCUGGGCCUUCUUGUUGUCAAAGCAUGUCAUCCACAUGGGCCAGUGCCAGAAUGGGACCAUCUGGAAUGGAAAAGAGUGUGUCUGUGCCCAAGGCUUCUUUGGUUACCAAUGCAAGUCCCUUGUGGACUCCUUCUUCCUAGAAAUCCCAGAAAUAAUCAAUGCCACUUUAGGUGUGACAGUGAAAGUGACUAACAAGAAUUUCACAAAAGAUCUGAAUAACAUAUCCUCCCCAGAAUACUGGAAUUUCACUCAACUAUUCAAGAGUCAGAUGGAUAAAGCUUACAUGGGCAAAGACUUUCCCCAGUACAGAGGCGUGAUCAUUAGGAGACUGUUCAAUGGCAGUGUUGUGGUGGAACAUGACGUCAUCAUGGAGGCAAACUACACUUCAGAGUUUGAUGAACUAUUUGCAAACCUCUCUAAACUCAUAAAGGUCAAGAUUAUGAAUGAGACCAAAAGGCUAUCUGGUGAUUCUGAAGAGUGCAGAGCCUCCUCACAUCUGUGCUUCAGUGAGGAAGCCACCAUCGUGAGCGAGAACGUGAUGCUGGGGUUUGACUUGAAGGAGCAAUGCACUCAGAAGGCUGCGAAGGACUAUGCCCAGUUCUACUUUGUGGAUGAGCUGGAUGGGAAGCUGGCCUGUGUGACCAAAUGCACCUCGGGGACGAAGUUGCAACUGAACUGUAAUGAGGGAGAAUGCCAGCUGCAACGCAGUGGCCCCCGCUGCCUAUGCCCAACCUCGGACACACACUGGUACUGGGGAGAGACGUGUGCAUUGAGCACCAGCAAGAGCCUGGUGUACGGGAGUGUGGGGGCCGUGGGAGCACUGCUGGUGGUCAUGGUGGUGAUCCUGACUGUCUUCCUUGGCCGAUCCCAGAGAAAACUGCACAGGCAAGAAUACAAUUUGUGGCAAGGAGAAGAUCUUCCUGGCGGCUUCCAGAACACAGGCAUCUGGGAAGAUGAGAAUCUGAAGGAAGACAGAUUCGCCCUUGAAAACAUCUACAGCCAUUUCCAGCCCUCUCUGGAGAACGUUGACCCUACUACAGAGCUCCACAUCCAGAGGCCCAGGGUCCUGACAACUGCUCAGUGA